CCGACUUCUUUUGGCUGCCGUGAGUUCACUGUAUUGUAAAGGGAACAGUGAAUCCUAGGAAGGAGGAGGGGGGGGGUUUGAUUUGGCAAAAUUCUUCCGAUUGGGCACACACCCGGAGUCUCGACGAUCAUAAUUGAUCGCACCUUUUACCUUUUUAGAAGCUGGGUUUUAUUAAUUUAUUAUAUUCCUCUUAGUUUAUGGUUUACGUUAACACUCCGGGAGGGCAGAAAUGGCGGCCAACAUGUACCGGGUCGGAGAUUAUGUAUUUUUUGAGAACUCCUCCAGUAACCCUUACCUGAUCCGCCGGAUAGAAGAACUCAACAAGACGGCCAGUGGGAACGUGGAGGCCAAGGUGGUUUGUUUCUACAGAAGGAGAGACAUCUCCCACAGCCUCAUCCAGCUCGCAGACAAACAUGCAAAGGAGUUGGAAGAAGAGAAGGAAAGCCCGACAGAGACAGACCUAACAGAAAAACAGAAACACCAGCUUCGCCACAGAGAGCUCUUCCUCUCCCGGCAGUAUGAGAGUUUACCUGCGACACACAUCAGGGGGAAGUGUAGUGUCGCGUUAUUGAAUGAGACUGAAGCCGUUCUUUCAUACCUUGACAAAGAGGAUACAUUCUUCUACUCCCUGGUAUAUGACCCAACACAGAAAACCCUUCUGGCCGACAAAGGAGAGAUCAGAGUAGGACCGCGUUUUCAGGCAGACGUACCUGAAAUGCUACAAGAGGGUGAGGCGGAUGACAGGGACCAGUCCAAGCUAGAAGAGAAGCUGUGGGAUCCAGAGUGUCCACUCACCAACAAACAGAUAGACCAAUUCCUAGUAGUGGCACGAGCGGUUGGGACCUUUGCUCGAGCGUUGGACUGCAGCAGUUCAGUUAGACAGCCAAGCUUACACAUGAGUGCAGCUGCAGCCUCACGAGAUAUCACACUGUUCCAUGCCAUGGACACACUGCAUCGCCAUAAUUACGACCUGUCCAGUGCGCUGAGCGUACUGGUCCCGGCGGGCGGCCCAGUGCUCUGCAGGGAUGAGAUGGAGGAGUGGAGUGCCUCGGAAGCAGCCAUGUUCGAAGAGGCACUAGAGAAAUACGGAAAAGACUUCAACGAUAUCCGACAAGACUUUCUGCCCUGGAAGUCUCUGACUAGUAUCAUAGAGUACUACUACAUGUGGAAGACCACAGACAGAUAUGUGCAACAGAAGAGACUGAAGGCAGCAGAGGCAGAGAGCAAACUGAAGCAGGUUUAUAUCCCCACAUAUAACAAGCCCAACCCCAACCAGAUCUCAAUGACCAAUGGCAAAAUGGCGACAGUGAAUGGAGCGGGCCCUGGGGCUUACCAUGCAGCAGGAGGGGGCAGAGCCUGCGAGAGCUGCUAUACCAUGCAGUCGGCCCAAUGGUACUCAUGGGGGCCUCCAAACAUGCAGUGCCGCCUGUGCGUUUCCUGCUGGAUGUACUGGAAGAAGUACGGAGGCCUGAAGAUGCCCAGCAGAGCAGAGGGCCCAGAGGAGAGGACCUCCCCCAGUCCAGCAAGCAAUGAGCCUCGCUCACGGAGUCAUGGUCCUCGCCAAUCCAACCACAUGGUGCCAAUGCGAAACAGCGGCAGCCCCAAAUCCUCCAUGAAGACCAAGCAGGCUUUCCUGCUGCAGGCCACCCGCCUCACCAAGCUGGCCCGGCACAUGUGCCGUGACAUCAUCAGGCUGCGCCGUGCUGCGCGCCGGCCCUUUGUCCCCAUUAACUGUGGGGCCAUAAAGGCAGAGUACAUGUUAAGGGUGUCGGAAGGACAUGGAACACGCCUACCCAAAACCAGAGCCGCCCAAAGGAGCACUCUGACCAGUGUCCUGCAGUUUCUAGAGUCCCGUCCGGCAGCCCAUGCCCCUCGCUCCCACCGCACCGCGGGCCUGCAGACGCCUCCCCCUCGACGCCUCCUCUCUUCUCUCCCACACGGCCCCCACGGCAUGCUGGGAAAACGCAGCUACCAUCACCACAGCAGGGCUGAGCCAGACAGACGCUCAGAGAACCCAUGUACAACAGGUGGACCCCUCCUGCAUAACGGCCGCAACAGCAGCAGUGGAAACACCCGAGGCGGAGUGAUGAUCCGCAAGAGACGCCCCAACUGGAUUGAUGCCCCUGAUGACAGCUUCUUCCUUGUCACCCGGGAGACCAGGAGAGCCAGACGGCUACUGUCCCGCUCCCAGCUCAGGCACGCUUGCCGGCAGCCCUGCGAGCAGAUCACCCUGCGCAGGGUCUCCCAGGGCCCACCUCAGGGGCUCGUCCUUGCCCCUCCGCACCCUCACCCCAGCCUGAGGAUGCGAGGCCCCAUCGUCAUCCACGACUGAUUGGACGCGGACCCU